AUGAGUCUGUCUGUCGAACAACCAAGUACGACCGAAGUUGGUCAACCGGACCUUCCCAAGGAAGUCAACUUGACGAAUUUUCGGAUCGUGAAGUUGAUCGGUAUAGGGAAUGUCGGCCGCGUAUAUUUAGUUCAACUGAAGGGGACAAGCAACUAUUUUGCGAUGAAAGUGUUAGUGAAGAAAGAGAUGGAGAAGCGGAACAAAACAAAUCGGGUGACCACGGAGAGAGACAUAUUGUUGACGACCCGCCACCCCUUUAUAGUUCAUCUCUACUGGUCCUUUUCAACGGAAAUGUGUUUUUAUUUUGUCAUGGACUAUUGCUCCGGGGGAGACUUUUAUCAUACCCUCAAGAUGACAAGUCACCGCUGCUUACCAGAAGAAACAGCGCGAUUUUACUUAGCGGAAGUCUUGUUAGCACUUGAAUACCUGCACUUGAAUGGAAUCAUAUAUCGCGAUUUGAAGCCAGAGAACGUCUUGUUGAAUGGGAAUGGACAUAUCAUGCUCUCAGAUUUCGACUUGAGUAAGACGCAACCAAUCAAAGGAGACAUGGCAAGGGCUAUUAUGUCCGCACACGAACAAUUCAAAAAGGAACCGUCUUAUAUCACUAAUUCAUUUGUGGGGACUGCAGAGUACUUAGCACCAGAAGUCAUUGUCGGGUAUGGACACUCGGGGUCUGUCGAUUGGUGGACUUUUGGGAUAUUCAUGUAUGAAGUCUUAUAUGGAAGAACGCCAUUCUUCUCGAGGAAUCGAGACACCGUCUUCUCACAAAUUCUCGACGGGGAAGUCUUGUUCCCGAAGACUUGGACGUAUCCCGUCUCCGCACAUGCAAGAGACUUGAUUAAAGCACUGCUUAAAACAGAUCCAGAGAAGAGACUCGGCACAAAAAAAGGGGCAGAAGAAAUUAAAAGUCACAAAUUCUUUAGGGGCGUCAAAUUCCAGUUAAUUAGAAACAUCCCUCCACCUAUCGUUCCACAAGUUAAAGGCCCAGAAGACACACACCACUUCAGUGAUGUCGUUGAUAAAGGAGACUUCUUAGCUGAUGAACUUAAGGCGUGCGAACAAGCCGCUACGACAAACCCUGCCUCAAACCCCACUCAGCUCCAGUCUCAAAGUACUACACAACAACAGGCUCAGCCUCAAACGACUUCAACAACACAAGCGACUAUCGUUCUUGGGGAGAACUUACAGAAAUAA